AUGGCGCAAAAUCCACAGACGUCCAAGCCCAAAUGGGGCAUGGGCAAUUUCUUCCAGCAGGCGGUCGCGGGCGUCGAAUCGCGUCUAGACAAUAUCUUGAUGGACCAGGAAGAGGCACAGAAAGCCUCAAAUGCGAAACUCAAGGAAGCGGAGAGUCCAGGGCCGCCAAUUUCGAGAUCUCCUGCUGGCUCAAUAUCGCGGAGCUCGUCCAAUGCGCGCAGGAAUGAUCGGCUCCAAGAACGCCUGGCACGAGCUGUGGUCAAAUCAAACACAGCAAAUAGGAACGCGCAAUCUUCAACUAGUCAGGUCUCAUCAUCCGCCGCCAGCCCAGCGCUAAGCAAUGAGGCGCGAUCGAGUAUCGACAUUGACGCUAGCCUUGCAGCCUCGUGGGCGGGUGCCGCAGAUGAAUCAAAGAGUCCCCCACCAGAUGGAGAAAUUGCUACAGCAGAAGCAAGUGCGGUGAGAGCAAGCUACGACUCGGGAAGAUCUACUCGUAAUUCGACAGAUAUCACUGUGGCGGAAUCGUUGCCUAGGGCAUCAACCGAUGUGGAUGAACAGGCUUCAAACUUGGGGAAAACUAGCCAGGACUUGCCGAGUUUACAACGUAGUGAGAUAUCAGGCGCUCGUCCAUCUGGGGAAAGUACUCGAUUAAGCGUGGAUACGCCAUCCGAGUCGCGGACGAGUGAGGACCAUGGAGUUGAAUCCCUGUGGCAACAAGAAAGAUAUGAAUAUAUGGCACGGAUUGAUGAGCUUCAGAGAAAUCUGGAGAACCUGGCUGGAGAGGCUGCCAAAUCGGCGAAGGAUGCCGCCGCUGCCGCUUCUCCGGGGAGCCGCGAGAAAGAGCUUGAAGAAACAAGAGAGAAGUAUGCGUUGUUGAUGAAGGAAGGGCAAAAACUCGAGUCAGAGGCGGCGAGUUCUCGAACGGCGGUUCGGAGAUUGAGGCAACAACUUGCUGAAAACUUGAAAUCACAAACCGAUGUGAAGAAGAAGACCGAGAACUUGGAAAGGGAUUUGAUCAACACUGAAGCUAGAGCCAGGCGAGCCGAAGCCGCGGAGAAGAGAGCAAGUGAAACGUUAUCAUCCCAUACCAAAACCACCAGGGACCUCGAAGCCGUGACGAAUGAACGUGAUGCCCUGAACCAGACCGUUCGAGAAAUGAAAGCACAAAUCAGCCGAGCCGUUGCACGCGCCGAGGCUGCUGAAGCUAAGGCCCACUCGGAUGCUUUGAAGAACGAGAAGCACAGAGCCAAUGAACUCGAAGAGCAGCUCUCGAACACGAAAAUCGAGCUUGAUAUCAGCCGGGAAAGGUCAAAGAAGGAGAUCAAUGAUUUGAAAGAGAAGGUCGAACAGGAGAAAGAAAGGGCCCGUGUGCUUGAAGCUGAAUUAAAAGGGGAGCAAUACGCCCUGGAAAGCAAAAUGGAAAGCCUGCGCUUGCGUGCAGAGGAAGCCUCGUCUGGGGCCACCGGAGAAACUCAAGCGAAGCUGCUACGUCAGGUCGAGACCUUGCAGACUCAGUAUUCGGCUGCGAGCGAGAAUUGGCAUACUUUGGAAGGUUCCUACAUCUCUCGACUAGAUGCCGCGGAGAGGGAACGCGACCAAGCUGGAGAUAGAGAGCGAGAGUUGCGAAAAAAGCUUCGGGAAUCAACUCUCAAGGUGAAGGAGCUGGAAGAGGAGUUGGAAAACGCCAAGGAGACUGAGCACGAUCUGAACAGUAAGCUGGAUGGGCGCAUUCAAGAGUUGCAGAAGGUGCAGCAAAAACUCCAGAAGGCAAACGACGACGUCUCUUCUGCCCAAAAGGACCUACUCGAGCAGAAGAAGGUGUGGGAUGCAAAUUGGGCACAGAAACUCGAGGAAGAACGUGCCAGAUGGCGAGAGCAAGUAAAUAGCUUGCAACAACCUCGUGGCAUAUCCCCAGUUCCUUCCACGCGCCGUUCAAGCAACCUCGAUGCUGUGCCAUCUGGUCUGUCUGACUACCGUCCCACUAGUCGGCGAUCGUCCACCAUGCCUUGCGCUUCACCAGAUAUUGGCACACCGCCGCGCCAAAAUUCCUAUCCAGCUUCAAUCGCUCAAGGAACCCUCUCUCCUCCCCCAAUCAAUACUACUAUCGCACCAUCCAUGAUUAUGGAAACCCCUUCAAUCACGUUCGAGCCAGACGAGUUCUUUGGCUCUGGUGGCCCUGCCACUCCAUCCGCUUAUGGUGGUACACAAGCGCCUCCGUCCCGCGGUAUUAAUGAUAUCAUCUCCGAAUCAACUGUCGGCGCGGGCCCAUCUGUGCAGUUGGUGGAGCGCAUGAGUGCUACAGUCCGCAGGCUGGAGAGCGAGCGAGCUGGGUCCAGGGACGAGCUUGCGCGCGUCACCACUCAACGUGACGAGGCCAGGCAGCAGGUUGUCGACCUCAUGCGCGAGCUCGAGGAGAAGAAGGUCGCCGAAUCUCGAGUAGAAGAGCUCGAGGCUAGGCUUGCUGAUAUCGACCAGCGGUACCUGACUACCCUGGAGAUGCUGGGUGAGAAGAGUGAACAGGUGGAGGAACUUCAAGCCGACAUUGCUGACCUGAAGAAAAUCUAUCGCGAACUGGUCGACAGCACGAUGAAAUGA